UUGAGAUCGGUGGCUCACGGCAAUGGUCUGGGUAAUGAGAUAUUUCAGCUGAGCUUUCAGCGGGUGAGGCACAGGUACUUAAAGUCGGGAUCGAAAUUUUCACGGAAUACGGAAUAUUAGUGACCACUCAAGGAUGGACAUUACUCGCUUGUAUCUGUUUCUCUGCUCUCUGCUGACCCAUGCUAUCACGGCGCAAGAUACAUCUAUAUGGGAGGACUGGUGGUCCUACGAGGGCAUAUCCGGUCCAGGGUACUGGGGACUCCUGAACAUCGACUGGACUCUGUGUAAUAAAGGCAGGAAUCAAUCUCCUAUCAACAUUGACCCGAAGACCUUGCUGUUUGACCCCAGCCUCGGACCAAUAGUCAUAGAAGGAGACCGGAUACAUGGCCAUCUACAAAACAACGGCCACGACAUCACACUGAAGGUUGCCAACAACUCGCCCAGGGUGAACGUGACGGAGGGCCCGCUGUCCUACAAGUAUGUGGUCCAGCAGAUCAGGAUACACUUCCACACCGAGGAUGACCUGGGGUCAGAACACACAAUCGAUGGCAAAUCCUUUCCAGCUGAGAUCCAGAUAUUUGCCUACAACACAGACUUGUACAACAAUAUGUCAACAGCAAAGAGGUCUCCACGAGGUCUAACCAUCAUCGCUGUAUUUGCCCAAAUAACCGAGAGACCACAUUCAGAAUUCGGAGUUUUACUAAAAGCCAUGAACAAAACUAAAUAUAAAGGCGAUGUGACGCUACUACGUGGCCUACAGUUGUCGAGACUUCUCCCGGCGACUGACAAUUACGUCACAUAUGAGGGUUCGAUGACACAUCCGGGUUGUUUUGAGACGGUCACGUGGCUGGUGUUAAAUAAACCCAUACACGUCAGUAAAAAGCAGAUCGAGGCAUUGCGAGUUUUAAACCAAGCGACGAGAGACAACCCUCGGAUGCUGAUGGCGGGGAAUAUACGGCCUGAUAUGCCACUCAACCAACGCACUGUCCGCACCAAUAUAAAUUUUGUAUGUCCUGCAUGUGAAACCUCACGUGUUGGUCAAAUGAUGCAAUCUGACCGAACACAAUCUCGUAGCUGCUCAAUGGGAAAGGAUAUGUUUUAUAAAGUAAACGAGAGGUUCAAAGAACCCUGAUACCAACUCCUUUCUGCGCAGUCUCAGAAGUCUACUUGCCUCCCACCUCUCCUGGACCGGAAACAGUUCAGAGAGAGGUGGAUAACGAUCACUGAAGAUAACGUUCAUGCCUUAUUCAGAAUGGUGCUAUAUUUCUUCAACCAAAGAAACAAUGCUUUUGUUUAAAGAACCAAGAACAAGACUGGUUCACUUGUGUUAUUUGUGAUUCCAAUUCAUGGGGGCUUGUGUUAUGUCCUGUGUGUUCGCCUCGUUGGUACAUGCCUAGGCUAUGUCUGAACUUAGACCAUGUGUGAUAAUAGACCAUGUGUGAACGUGGACCAUGUGUGACAAAUGGACUUCUGUUGUGGCCAACUUCUGAGAUGAUCAUACCGCGUCUUCUUUAACUACGGCUCCAACUAAAUGUAAGGCUCCGACUUCGGCUCCAACUCAGGCUCCAACUCCAUCUCCUUCGGUACCAAAUGUACUUUUAGCGGACAAACAUACACUCAGCAAUUAAUUCAGAUUGGGAUCAAUUUGCAGUCUCAUGUCCCAUGUUAGCUGAUGUCGGUCUGGGGCAAUUGAUUGCCCUUAGACAAAGGGCUGAACGUGGUGUACAAAUAGAUCAAUUCUUCUCGAGAAGGUAGAGUACCUUUUGGAUAAGCAUGGACAUCAAAGCGUGCACUCCUUGAACAAGAAAUAUUCGCUGUGCUUGCAGAUAUCGAGAGGCCUAGCAGGGAGGGCUACCUCUUCUGGUAUCGAGGACAGUGCUCGUGAUGCAAUGUCUGAAUUGGAAGCCCUGGCAUAACCAUUCUAAUGGUAGACGUACCAUCACGAAGCUAAUGGAUGACAGAGCCCAAAACAAGGAGGAUGAUCCACUGUUGAAGUAUUCCAGCCCAUUUGUGUUUACUGUGAAGCGUUGGAAUGGCCGAACUAACAACGAUGAGUGUGUGUGAUUGUGAACUGGAGAAGAAGGUCUUCCUGAGUUGGUGAUGCUGAUACCGUUAGACUGGUUGGCUGCGGAGGAGGAGGCUGAAGGAGAUGUGUCAACAUGCAGUGGAGGAUGCACAGGAAGCCAAAGAGUAUCAAGGACGCUCAACGUUAUAUGUAUUGCUCUUGUGUAGAAGGACGUUGUCUUGAACAUGUUGUAUGUCGCUGCGUUGUCUGUAAAUAUGGCCUAAGUGGAUAAGAUGCAUUAGUCAAUCCCACACAAUCAGGAGACAAUGUAUCAAGCCUCUUUUCUCUGAUCACUUGUCAUGUUGUAAGUGUAUACUGUAGCUUAGCACACAGAUGGAAGAAUUUAUCGAUAUCAACAGGAAGAGAUAAAGUGAGGUGUUUAAAGAAGGUUUGUUAUUUUCAAGCACAUGAAAGAAAGAAUAAGUGAUAUACAGCGAAACCUUGUUAGUCAAGACGGAUGCGUCCCCAGUGUAACUUCCGGAUUAACGAAUCAGUGAUGUCCUUUGUGUGUAUAUGUACUAUCCUCACAGUAAAAUUCCAACCGGGGCAAGACUAGGGGGAUUCAUUGUUUGUUUUGGUGUUGAUGAUUAGUGAAUGAAAAUCCGCCUUGUCCUUGUCAUCUAUAUGCCUUCUAUUUCUUUACAUGUCAUAUAUCCGCUCUCGCAUGUGUUGUACAGUGAACCUCGUUAAUCCGGACAUAGCAAUAUUUAGCGCAAUCGCCUUCCUUAUAAGACCAUGGAUGCUCUAUAAAUGUCCUUUUAAUUAUAUACAGCUGUAUCCAACAGUAAUCGUUCGGGUUAUUGGGGUUUCUAACUAUCAGAGUCUGGAUUAAUGGGGUUGCACUAUGUGAAAACGAUUGCUAUCAUGUGUGUGGACCGUUAAACAAUGCGUCUGAGCUGGAAACGGAAAACUGAGCAUGGAGUUGAAGCCACGUUUGGAUCCACACUGCAGCACAUAAAAUCUGAUUAGGUUUUACAAUAUUGUGCAUCCUUCAGUAAAAAAUAUUCAUUUCAUUAUAUUAAUUCUAUUUUUCAAUUUAAUUCUAUCCCGGUGAAAUUGAAAAGAAAUCUUAGUGACCCAGUUUGCAGAUCACACAGCCCCAGCACAUAAUGAAGACAGGCAGGAAUGGCCGAGUUUUGAUUAGCCCAUUUCAUAGCUAUUGCAUCGCUUGUGUCCGCCCAGUGCUAAUCUUUUACUACCCAGAGUAGUUACGAUGUACGAGUCGAGAUUGAAUGGUCAGACAAUACAGUUCCUUGUGCCAUUAGCCCAUUCAGUCAUGCAUCCAUCGAGACCAAAUCCUCAUUAUGUGUAGAGCUUGUAGAUUUAUCGGCAUAUUAAUGGCCAGACGGAAUUAGAGGUACAUGCAGUGGUUGUGUUUGUUGGCGAUGUUUGAAGGCUUGAUAAUGGGAGGGCUAAUAGCAGCCAUCACUGCUUCAGUAGUCUCCAUCGUGUCCUUGACGUUAGGAGAGACAGACAGCCUGCCUAUACAUACCAGUAUUAAUAGCUUGUCCGGAAAGAGAUGACAGUGUCACAUGAUUGGCCACAAAGAGUAGGACAUCUUGUAUACUGUCUCGUUGAAAUGGUAAGAAAGUGCUUCACCGCGCGACCGACCGUAAUAGCGGACGUUUAAUGGUUGUAUUAUGAUUGUAUUACAAACAGUAAGAGUUUAACAGGGAGGGACUUCAGGGACCCAGACAAGCCUGUGGCAUCAUUUACCAUUUCUCUUGGUAAUGUCUCAAGGGGGACUCGCUUUCGAGCAUUGUGUUUUGCAGAAAAAUAAAUUCAUAUAUUUAAAUGUUAAAAUUAAAAACUUGAAGUCUUCUACUGAAAAUCUGCAUCUGUAUUUUGAGUAUCAACUGUUAUGACUGAUAAGCAGUCAAACAUCACAUUUAGAGAUUGGACUGCUACAAAAGUAUGUUUGUGAUUCAAUAUGUUUUUGAAGAAUCAAAAUGUUUGAUUAUUCCUCUGGAUAAAAGUAUUCAUCGUAUACAUGCUCUGAUGAACCUUGAUCAAGAGACGGGUUUAUUGUUUUUUUUCAUAUAUGCUACAGUACUCAAAAUAGUUGAGGGCCAUCCGAUUCUUUCAUAUUAUUACAGUUAAUUUCUUAUGGCAUGACAGAUAGAAUGACAUAAUAUAUAAGAAUGGGAUGGUACUAUUAUAUUGAGUGGUAUAAGAAUGGUCAGAGGAACAGGUAGGCAGAUCACCUGCUCUUAGAAAAUCAACCCUCCUUUUUCGGAGACAAUGUUUGGGAUACCAUCGAACAAGUUUUUAAUUUGUUGUGAUCUUCUGUAGAUGUGGUUGCCAUGAUAACACAAUGGUGUACAUACGGUAAUGUGACGUCACAAAACAAUGACGUCACACACUGCUCCCAUUAUAACGUUUAAAUGCUAAAUUAUGAAAUAAAUAGUAAUUAAGAUUUUAGUUCAUGUUCACAUCAUAAAAACAGAAUACAUGAAUCUGGCGUCACUAUGAUGUCAUGAGACUAUGUUUGGUAAUUCUGUGUUCUAUGGUUCUUGCAAAGAGAUAGAUGGACAUGUAGCAAAGUUGCAUGUGUGGAUAUUUUGUAAGGAGUUGUAAAAUAGGUAGGUUUUUGUGGAUGACAAUGGGUGAAGAGUAUGAAAUCUGUACUUGUUAACACUGUAAAGAAUAGCUUUCAAUGUUAUUGUGCAUGCAUUUGUGUCGUUUUGUUUGUGAGAAGAAAGAGGGUGGAAGGGGUUGCUUUGCAACGGAUGACCUUGCGUUCCCGAAUCAUCCUUGGUUAAUCGGCGUGGCGUUGUGUGGCGUGGCGUGGCGUGACGUGGCGUGGCCUGGCGGCGCGUCGCAUGGCGUGGCACGUGGUAUAUAUAAACCUUUGUUAUAUAAAUAACAAACACAACACUUCAUUUAAUUUAAAAUGUAUGAAGAAAAUGCAUAAAACUGCAUGAUCAAGUAUCCAAUUUUUUCUCAUUUUAGAAAUUUGAAACGUUUACUAAAAAUGCAUCUGAAUAGACAUCAGUCCUCAUCUAUUCGCAGAAACUACGAACUACAUUCUCUAAAAGUGAUCUUAUGGCUGGCGCUUUGAUCGUCGUCUGUCCGUCAGUCCGUUUGUCACAAACUUUUAGACGUCUCCUCUUAAGCCAUAAUGUCCCCAGAAAGAGUAGUUACAGCAAUGGCUUCUCUAUAGCAUUCCGAACCGACUUUUACCGUGAAGCUCUUAAAUGUUUUCUUUUAAUAAUCAAUAACGAAUAUAUCAGUACUGGGAAUUACAACUUGUUUUGUUUUAGUAACAAUCUCCUGGGAUAUCCAAACAUACUUUAUAUAUAUCCAAUAGACACGCGUUUGGGAAGCGUUGCGGGUAUGACAUGUAUGAGAUGUGUGCGUAAGCUGAAUGAUAAUCUGCGCUUGAUACUGGUGAAAGACUUGAACGUUGUUAGUGGUUCUAUAUGCCCUGAAGAGCAGCUUACCUUUUAGUAGAACUAACCAGAUUUACCAUUCGAGUGUAUAUUUGCUAGUCAUCAGUGUCUUCUUCUAGCGUUAUUUCCAGUUUCGGUUUCUUCAGCAGUUUCCUGACUGAAAUAGAUAAAUACAUCGUGUCCUCUAAUGUGGCAGGUGGGUUGUCCCCCGAGAUAGCCUGUACGCUUGUGUGUGUCCAGGACUGAUGUCAGAAUAGGACCAAUGUAUGUUUGACGUAAGAGACGAUGAUGUCAUCGUACACUAUGGCGUUAUUCGUUUCUCCUGCCUUCAGUCACUCCGCUUUUGACCAUGAUGGCAACGGUAGUUUCAACAAUAACGUCACUUAAGACUAUAAACGUGAAACUAUCUGUCUAAAUCGCCCCUGGGCUUUGUGAUGCACUAAUCAAGGGUCACAUUUAAUUUUCGGGGGAUUGUAACAAUGUUUAAGGUGUAGCAGGUCCAUCGGCAGACUCAAUUGUUUUCAGGCUGUUGUGAAAUCGCUGAAAUAUUGCGGCGGUAGUAAACAACAUUCAUAUGCACCAAAUGUCAAUAUGCAGUGGAAAAAACUCUGUAACUUUGCAGCUCAUAGAGUUCGAUUUGUAUGUUGCUGGCAUCGUAUUUGGCGACAUUGCAACCAUUCUUGUCAUGAGAGAAGACAAUGGCCGCAUAUGAAUAGUCUCACCACUGAUGUGUCACUCCAGCUGAUCUCAAAUCAUCAGAAUGGCUGGUAGACAGAAGUAUUUAUGAAAUACAAUUUUAAAGGAAGCCAUCAAGCGAUACUCAAAGGCUUGCAGACCUGAAGUAACACGUGACAUAAAUACGUUACAUAGAAUUCCCUUCCUGCACAGAAACCUAGUGGUGCUUAAAAUACCACGAUAAAUGUAAACCUCGUUUGGAAUUAACGCUCGAUGGGUACCUUUAACGGUGUACGCUGGCAGAUAUUGUGUAAAUGAUAUUGUUUAUAAACGAAAUGUUGCUUGAAGCUACUUUAUGGGACAGAGGUAGGUCUCCAAAAGGCUCGAUGAACAAUAACAGGUUGCGCUCAAAACAAGUUACACAGCUGGAAGUUGCAACCCCCACCAACCAUGACUGAUUAACUGUAGUCACAUGAAAACAUGCGGUGUCCUUUAACUUAUUUUGAGUUGUAUGUGUUAUAUUAGUUCAUUGGGACGCAGCACAUCAACUAUUUAUAAUUAAUCCUCGGAAUCUAUAUCAUAUGUUUCCGAUUAUCCCCAAAAACUAUUUUAACCGGUUGCUAGGUGUACAGCAGGUGCGAGAAUCACAAGGCAAGGCUCUGUGGUAAAACUUCAGUAAGAUCUAAUCAAAAGUCCUUAAUUGCUUUCUCACAUGACGUUAGCAUUUUCUAAGCAGACACUAUCGUUUUCUAUUUCACUGUUAUCUUUUCUUAUGAUUUUUUUUUCUAUUCCUGACUUCAUCAAAAUAGACCCGAAAAACAUCAAAUCAACUUAAAGUUAACAAGAAGUUUAUGAUUCAAUACAGGUAUUGUUAACAGCAUCCAUGGGCAUGUGUAUUAUGUGUUAUUAAAUAAGAGCGUGAUAGUUUUACGUAACAAUUAAAAACACUAGAACAUCCACGUCUCGAAUAUUCCACAGAUCGUCAUUUCAAAGGUCAACAUCAUAAAUACCUCUGCUAUUUGUAAAUGUAAUUUGUUUGUGUAUAUCUUUAUGCACAUCAUUACCAAUCUGGAAUCUAUAGAAAGAUGACUUCGUGUAGAUUAAAAA